AUGAACUGGACGUCUUUCAAGUGGGCGGACUUCCCUGGAAAGUCUGAGAGCAACAUUUAUGAGCUUGGCCCUUUCGCAUCCGGGUCGACUCCUCCAGUGGUGGCCCCGGCGGACUUCCUGCUAUAUGGCUACGGCAGCUGCACGGCCUGGGCGAAGUUCCUCUCCUCGGCGCUGCGAGCGGUCGGAGUGCCGGCCAGAGAGGUCGGGUCGCCCUGCUGGAACACCGGCAUCUUCACAGGCCUCGCGGAGUCCAACGCCAAUGUCUCCUUGUGCUGGCAGGGAGGAGUUUCUGGCGGUCCUGUCGGCGGAACGUAUCUCAACAACCACAACUGGGUGGAGUACUGGGACAACACCGCGCACACAUGGCGCUUCCUGGAUGUAGCCACUAGCUCUUCUUCCGAGACCACUUGGUUUUGUGGCAAGUUCCAGGAUGGAUGCAGCUGCACUAGCAAUGCCGGGCUUGCGAUGCAGAUCAUCCUUUGUAAGCUCUACAUGGCACUUGCAAGCCGUCCCUUCCAGCCAUAUUCGGGGCGUCCGUUGGCUUUCGGCCAGUCCCUUGCCAGACGGGACAAGCGAGAACCGAUCUCUUCGCAACUAGGCUGCAGGUGCAGGGGGCAAGCAGCUCUGCACCUGUGUCUGGCAGGGGUUGGAUGGCAAAGAGCUGGUGGGAAAGCGGUUUUGCGGGCUCGUGCCUCAAGGCCACAUGGCCCACGGCCACGGAAGGCCACGGCCACGGAGCUCGACGGGCACAUAGUUUCGCCGGUCACAGGGAGCCCACAUCGCUACACGUUGAUCUACCUGCAUGGCCUCGGAGGAGCUGGUGGCAGCUACGUCUCUGCAGACAGCGAGCUGGAGCUGCCCUGGCGAUUAGGUGAUUCUUAUGCACCUGGACUCCGUGCCGUUCUACCAAACGCACCAAGCAUGGCGCAGCCUUGGGGGGAGGAGCUGGCUUCGUGGUACGUUUACCGGGCCUUGACCAGCAACGAGGUGGCCGAUGCGGAGAGCUUGGCAUCCGUUCGGCGGGCCUUAGAUGAGGUCAUCCGGAACGAAGUUCGCCAUCUUGACGGGGAUGAUGCUGGGAGAGAUUCAGAAUGUCCAGGGCCGGCGUGUUUUUCUCGGCGGCAUCUCACAGGGAUGCAACAUGGCGCUCGACGCAUAUCUGCGGCGGCCUGGAUGCACAAGCCAUCACACGGGCAACUGAUCAUGGAGCUGGCGUCGCCGUGCUCUACCAGAGUGUCAGAUGAGGUCGGGUUCCUGCCCAGCGAUCGACAAGGCUUUCCUGGCUCCGAUAGGGCUCUCAGGACCUUGCUCGAAGACAGUCGUCAGGUGCUUCAGCCAGUGUGGCUGCAGAGUGCGCCGGGAGACACGGAUGAAGUGCCAUAUGACCUUGUGCAGUCGUCGCUGCUCCGAGCACGCAGUGGAUGGGCCGGUUUGCAGCUGCAGAACAUCGAAGGGGUGGGCCACGACAUUGGCCAGUUCGAGGCGAGCAUUCUGAACGAGUUCUUACGGCAGCAUGCAAGUGACGCCUACUUCGAGGACCACGAGAUCCUCGCUCCAACCUGGAGUGCGGUUGGCGAUGAUCCAGAAGUACAUGGUGGCCCAAUUCUGGACGUCGCCAAAGAUCUCGUCCUUAGUUCAGGUGAGGCUGUGUCGCCUUUGGUUUGGUCGCCACGGCUGACCUCGCCGCUGGGAAUCCCUCUGAAGAAUGUCGGACUGAGAGUGGUAAACCGGACCAGCUUCUACCGCUGCCGCAAGUUGCCCAACUGGACGGUCUGA